GAACGCGUCAAGCUUGCAAUCAUGACGCGAAACGGACGCGCUGACAGCUGUUUGCGCAAACAAGUCGCCAACGGAAGAUUUAUGCACCACCAUCACCACCGGCUAACGAACGAUCCUAGCAUGCCACGAGUAGUUUUCACGGCCAAGGGUGGGCCUAUGCAACGUUCCUCUCACAUCACAGUCUCGGAGCGGGUGUCGAUGUGUCGGAGAGCUCUGCCCUCGUCACAACUACAGCUUUGGGCAGCUCUGAACUGCGCCCAACCUGCAGUACGUUACCUCAACAUCUCGAUGAGGUCUUGUAUAUGCUCGAUUGCGCCAUCAUGGUCCUCAAUCCACGACAUAAAGAAGCCACCUCCCUCGAACUUCAACUGCCGCCAGAGCUCAGUGUCCGUCGCUGACAAAGCUCGAGCUUCCCGCAAUCAACCCCUGCCCGCGUUCAACGGUCAUCUGCCCCACCAUGACAUCGACAUGACAUUACGGCAAAAUUCCAUCACCUGUGUAAACCUCGAUAUGGCCUCCCUGUACCAUACGACGGAUCUGUAGCCUUCUUCAUCGGGUCAUGACGUUGAACUAGACCGUCUGGGCGUGUCUACAUGGCGAAUUACAUCCACCGGCUGGUCGGUAGUUGUGUAGAGGUGCGGCAUUGAUGCGCAUGCAGUUACGAUGUUACAGCUAUGUCAUCGUUUUGCGCGUCUGGACGCCGUAGAAAA